UUCCCUUCGGCGACGACGAUGGCGAUGGCGGCGGUGGAGGAGGCGGAGGUGGAGGGCCCGAUGCUGGGGGAAGAGGAGGAGGAGGAAGAAAAGAAGGGGAAGCAGGGCAAGAAGGGGAGGCGCUACGGCCUCGUCGAGUACCGGGCGCUGCCGGCCUACAUGCGGGACAACGAGUACAUCCUGCGCCACUACCGCUGCGAGUGGCCGCUACCGCAGGUGCUCCUCUCCGCCUUCUCCAUCCACAACGAGACACUCAACGUCUGGACGCACUUGAUUGGAUUCUUCAUCUUCCUCGCUUUGACCAUAUAUACCGCAACAAAAGUUCCAAGCGUAGAUCUUCAGAGCCUGCAGCAUUUACCGGAAAUGCUGCGGAAUGCUGAUCUUCAUAAAAUUCAGGCAGAGCUUGCGGCAUGCCUUCCUUCACUACCUAACUUUUCUGAUUUACAAAAGAUGACGGGUGACUUGAGGACCUCAUGGAAUUCUAUUGAUGUGCUUCCGUCAGUAUCUCGCUGGCGUCUCUUGGAGUUACUCUCGAGUUGCUUGCCGCACAGAUUUACCCAUUCCAAUGAAACUAAUCUUUCAGUUCUUGAAAACAUGAAGGAUGACGUAGCAAAUUUGCUUGCACCACACUUUAUUAGGCCGAUCUCUAGGUGGCCGUUCUUUGCAUUCUUGGGAGGAGCCAUGUUUUGCCUUCUUGCCAGCAGCACAUGCCACCUUCUCUCUUGUCACUCUCGCCGCCUUGCAUAUGUUAUGCUCCGGCUUGAUUAUGCAGGCAUUGCUGCUCUUAUCGCCACAUCCUUCUACCCUCCAGUAUACUACUCUUUCAUGUGCCACCCUUUCUUUUGCAACCUCUACCUCAGUUGCAUAACUAUUUUAGGAGUAGCCACUAUUGCCUUCUCCUUGCUACCGGUCUUCCAGAACCCUGAGUUCCGAGUCAUACGAGCGUGCCUCUUCUUUGGCAUGGGAGCAUCGGGUGUGAUCCCUGUUUUCCACAAGUUGAUCCUCUUUUGGGAUCAACCGGAGGCAUUGCACACUACCGGAUAUGAAAUUUUAAUGGGCCUGUUCUAUGGGAUUGGAGCAUUGGUGUACGCAACUCGGGUGCCUGAGCGCUGGAUGCCCGGGAAGUUUGACAUUGCCGGGCAUAGCCACCAGCUCUUCCAUGUCUUGGUGGUUGCUGGAGCGUACACUCACUACAAUGCAGGGCUGCUGUACCUUCAGUGGAGAGAUCAGCGAGGCUGCUAAAAGUUCAACGGUUACAGGUCAUGGAUAGAUUUGUGUGUUUGUAUCUCAGUAGCCAGUAGAGGGCUGCUGAACUUGGGCACAAGAACAUGCUGUUCCAUUGUAAAUUGUAUAGUACCAUGAAUAUACAACUGAAAGCAGGUAUUAAGGUGAUUAUAUUCAGCAACCUUUAUUGAA